GGAAGCAUCCCUUUAAUGAAGAAAGACACAUUUUUAAAAAUUUAAUGCAGCAAGUGGAAACCUUGUCCCUUAUGUCGCGGCUCCAAAACAAUUUCAAGCUGACUACAAGUAGUUAACUAAUGCGUGAUGCUUUUCGAUGCAUUAGUAACUAUAUAAUAGGCGCUUUAAAAACAACAACAGAGCUGGCGAUGACUUUCCCAGGCAACCAAGGCAUACAUUUCCAAUGGAUUCACGUGGUUCUUUUUAUUCUUACUGUCUGUUCUGUCGAGUGCCGCUAUUCCCAGGUGAAAUUAGAUACAGUAGAUCGGUGGGCGAAAACCGGAUUCCAGCAUCUGAAGCUGAACAUGUGCCGGAAGGCAUCCACCUUGAUGGAGCGGCAAUGCAAGAAGUUCUCGCACAUCCAUCAGAGCGGAGUGGCGGUCUACGUGUCCGAGUCAAGCUCCGACAAAGUGAUGGCGAUUCUGCCAGACUCCCAGCCUGCGAGCCUGUACGCAUCCAAACAUGAUUAUUUACUGGCCCCGCGGUCCCAGGGCGACGCGGUGCUGGUGCUGGACCCCAGUCCCGAGGAAAGUUUCGGACACCCCGUCGCUCUUUUCUACGUCGAUCUCAACAUAACCAGGAAGAAAUGCGAACACAGAGACGGAUUUAUUUCAGGGCAGGACUGCCUGACUGCGGCGCUGAAGGAUCGCUGCCAGAACCAGCUGAGGCCGCGUAGGAGUCACCCGGAGCGCCGGGGAAGGGCCCGUGUCCAGAUGGGGGCCAAGGCACGUGCCGCGAGGGCAGCGCCAACAGGGGGGCAUUGUGAGGUACACUUCCUCCCCCUGGUGGCUGGAGUGGGGGAUAGCGCUCGGACGCAGCGGCUGCACUGUGUGGAUCUCCCGCACUUCGCACAGUGUCCCAGGCUCCUGUCCGGCCACAGCCCCGGAGAUCCCGCCCCCAGCUGCGAGCUGGACCGGAACACGCGCCGCUGCCACCGGCAGCCACUGACAACUCAUCUGGCAUGCCGACUGUACCAGACGUGUGACCACGCCGUGCUCCUCUCGGGAGGCUGGCGGCAGCAGAUCACCCACCAGCAGCAUGUGAGGAACCUGAGGCUCUUCUACCAAAUGCUCAGGAACAACGGCUUCCACAAGAACCACAUCAAAAUAUUCUUUGCUGGCAGUGGACAGGUGCUGGAGGCGGAGGCAGGAGACGCCUAUCCUGCCACAGAGAAGGAGGUCAUCCGGAGCCACAUCUCCUAUGUCUGCCGCAAGCAGAACUGUGCAGAUUCCCUGGUCCUGUAUCUGAACAGCCCCACGCGUAGCGAUGGGACCAUGCUAUUGUGGGACAGCAACAACGACGGCAUCGCAGACCAGAGGGAGUGUUACUCAGUGGACGAGCUGCUGGCCGACCUCGCCGGGUGUCGAGCGAAUCGGGUCCUGCUGUUCGUGGAGCAGAGCUACAGCGCCGUCAUACACAGCAAGCUGAGCAAGUCCUUCAAGCACGGGAACGUGGUCCUGCUUGGUGCCGCUCCCUGGACCCACACUGCAGAAUUCUGGGCUUCCCUGGAGCCCAGGCAGUGCCUCAUCGACCACCUCAGUCAGGGUCUGGCUCUGGCUCCCCCCGCAGGCCUUCUGAAUAUCACACUGGCCGGAGCGCCCUGUAGAGGCACCCCGACCCUGACGGAGGCGGAGCUUCAGAGGGAACACAUGGGCUGCCAAAACCUGCCCACUGCUGUUUGGUACCAGAACCGGCGCAGGAUGGCACAGGAGGGGUACUGACUGAGCAGAGCCCAGCCAAUGUGCCGAUGCUCGACAUGGACUGCUACCUGAACUCCACUGGUAGCAGUAAGUCAUGACCGAUUUCAGUUUUUAGAGACACAAACCAAGAACUUAGUGGUUGGAGGGAUAAAUACCAAAUCCAGGCACGUAGUUUCCUAAGAGUGUAUUUGCAAAGUGAAACGGCUCUCAGUGGGACACUGGGGGAAAGAAACAAAGGUGAUUAUGGUUGUGAGAGCUUGGGCAAAGAUGGCUGUGGUCAUCCAUAGGCGAUGCCUGGUCAGUGUCAGGGUCAUUAGUGACCCCCUAGCUUUGUGAGCUUUUCAGUGCGAUUGCUGAGUCCAGUAGGAUCACGGCACAUUAUCUGUUGAUGGCCGGCUGGGUGGUACACGAUGGGUAGUGAGAAUUCGCUCUGCUCCGACCGGCCCCAUCUGGUGCUGUACAGUCCCAAUGCCUGUCUGACCUCAGGGUGUGAAUAGAGAGUCUUACUGUGUUCGCAGUGUGUAGAUUGAGCUUGACUUGGGUUUCAGCCCCUUAGGGCAGGAUCCUGGGGUAGAACCAAACCAGCAAUGCCUCAGGGAAGCCCCACAAGGCCAGAGCAUGACAUGUACUGCUGCUAGGAACCUAAAAGGGGAAAAUACCUUCAAACACAGAUGAUCACAAGAAGGUGGAGGAUCUGCAGGCCUGGUUGAGGCCUUGGGUCCAUUAAAGGCACAAUUACAACCACUGAUUUAAUUCGUGACUCAUUUAAAGCUAUGCAGAUAGUCAUGGACUUAAACACCAUCUUCUCCACAGCAAACUCAUUCUUACUGGUCUGAUAAUCAGCAUAAUCCUAUAUUAUCCAAAUGGUUGUUGAUAAAAUGUGUGUGUGUAUAUAUAUAUAUAUAUAUACGUGAGUGAGUAAGCUAUACAUACUUAAAAUACAUGAACAAAUUUUACGCUGUUUUACAUUUUGUUUUGAUUUAUCUUGAUUGUAUCUCAGAAAUUCUUGCAAUAUUGUGUUGAUAUUGAUUUUGUACAGUCUAGUACAAAAAACCUACAAAUCUACCCACUAAGAGCUCAU